AUGGAAAACAGUUCACAACCAACUACAAAUUCUGUAAAUAAGGGGUGUGGUCCAAAUACUCGAAUAUCUAUACAUGUAAAUCCCACCACAGGGGGCGAUUUCUACCUCACCGUCGAAAACGACAUAACAGUGGAUAAUUUCAAGAAAUUAGUGUCUAAAAGGCUCAAAGUCUCUAGGGAUAGGAUAUCUCUACUUUUCAGAGACAAGCAAUUACAAAAUGGAAAUUUGAUUCAAAAUGGAAUUUCUGACGGGUCCAGAGUAACUUUACUACCUAAUGUGGAAACAGGAUUGAUAGCACAGAGACCUGAAAUAGGUAUUAUGCAAGCCUUAGAAUCUCUAAAUGAUACCCAGGUAAACGAGUUCCUUUGUGGGAAGGCCCCCUUAAAUCUUAGCAUGCGUCUAGGGGAUCAGAUGAUGCUUAUCCAGUUGCAGCUCAGUACAGUUUCAGGUGCGAAACCCCCAGCUACUCCGGGUACUCCACCACCUCCUAACCCUCCAAGUCUACUUCAGGCGUCCAGAAACUUACAACAUACUUUAAGGAAGUUAUCGACUGAUGUAUUUUCGGGCAGGGAUAGAGGACGCAGGGAGAGCGUCUAUUCGGGCACAUUCAGCGGAGCGCUAAAUCCAGCAUUACAAGAUACCAAGGGAAGGCCACGCCGUGACGUAGCAACAAUAGUCCAUAUCCUAAAUGAUCUCCUGUGUUCAGUACCUGAAUUCAGACGAAUAUCGAGACGGAGUGGAUGUGAAGAGUCUUGCAGUACAAGUAACGAUACCAACAACAAUUUUGAAGAACCUUCAGGAUCCGGUCAACCUGCAAACGAGGAUCAAAAUUCCCGAACGAGAGGAAAACUGGAACAGUUGCGUCUUGUAAUGGGCGAGAAAAGGGAGCGUCGACGUCAACGCAAACAAAAACCCUAUUCGUUGCCUUCUAGUGAUAGUGACACAGUAAUUGCGUAAACUACCUUUACCCCAGACUAUUAAUUUCGGUUUUGCUUCAAUGUUGGAGAUUUGUUGUUGAAUUUUUCUUACAAGUUCAGAUGGAACUUUUAAACAUUAAAUAAUUCCAGUUGGUGGAACAUUUAUUCAGCUGCAAGAAAUGUAUUGCAGUUUUAUCAUUAAUUAAUUUUGAAAUGUGGUCGACAAAUCGAACCAUAUUAGAGUUCAAUAUAAAACAAAGUAUUUCCCAUAACAUAAAAUUUUCACUUGAAAACAAAGAAAUCUGUCCACCAACUGGGUUUCUGAUUUUAUCAAUGAUUUGCAGUGUCUGCUGCAGUGGAAAAGUAUUUUAGUGUGAUUAUCCAAUAGAAUUUGACAGGUUAUGUGUAAUAUCAGAAGAGUGGAGAAAGAAAUUAUACAUUUAAAGCAAUAUUUUUUAAGAUCAAUAAUAAUUGUUCACUUUUGAUUUUUCAUAUGGUUUUUAGAUUAAAUUAAAGUUAUGGGCUGA